AUGGUUUGCGAAUCCUGUACCGCAAAACUGAGUAAAGUGGCGACGAUUGAUCCCUAUCGAACAAAAUCUCGUAACGAGGGUGCUGGUCCAAUCAAGAAAGGUGGCAAUGAAAACAAACUACUUUCAACAAAAAAGGACAGAUUUCAACCGUACAAUCAAGAAUUUAAACGAUGUCGUAUUUGCAAGACAAAAGUUCAUCAAGUUGGAUCACAUUAUUGUCAGCAAUGCGCCUAUCAAAAAGCAAUUUGCGCUAUGUGUGGCAAAAAAAUGGCCGAUACCAAGAAACUGAAAAUGUCUUCAGUGUGA